AUGAAAGACUUCUCAAAAAUUGCACCCCCAUUAUACAAAUUGUUUGAAAAGGAGGCAAAAUUUUACUUUGAUGGUGCUUGUUUGGCAGCCUUUACACGUCUAAAAGAGAAAUUGAUCUUUACCCUGGUUAUCAUUAGCCACGAUUGGUCAGCCGCUUUCGAAGUGAUGUGUGAUGUCAGUGAGAAGAAAGAUGGCAAGCCAAGAAUGAUAAGGUGGGUAUUAUUGCUGCAAGAAUUUGACUUUGAAGUCAACGAUAGAAGAGGAUAUGAAAAUCAAGUGGCUGACCAUCUAUCCAGAUUAGAAGGCAAGGAGAACGAAGAGCUGGAGGUAGAGAUCAAUGACUCAUUUCCCGAUGAGCAGCCUAUUCUAGAAGUUGAGUUAUUUGAUGUCUGGGGAAUAGAUUUCAUGGGCCCAUUCGUGAGCUCAUUUGGUAACAUGUACAUUUUGGUGGCUAUGGAUUAUGAUUCCAAAUGGGUAGAAGCAGUGGCACUACCUAACAAUGAGGGGAAGAGCAUUGUUCAAUUUCUAAAACGCUACAUCUUUGCAAGGUUUGGCACUUCUCGAGUUAUUAGUGAUGGAGGGUCACAUUUUUCCAAUCGCCUAUUUGGAUCUGCAUUGAGUAAAUACGGCAUGAAAAACAAAGUGGCUACACCAUAUAAUCCCCAAACAUGUGGCCAAGUGGAAGUUUCGAACUGUGAGAUUAAGAGUAUAUUGGCAAAGAUCCUAGUUUUUGAGAAGUCUUUUCACUUACCAAUUGAACUUGAAUACAAAGCACUUUGGGCAUUAAAGGCAUUAAAUUUUGAUUGGGACAAUGAUUCGAAAGAUACAGUCAAUCAACUAAAUGAAUUGGAUGAAUUUAGGUUUAGGGCAUAUGAAAGUUCAGCCCUCUACAAAGAAACAAUGAAGAAGUGGCAUGAUUCUACAAUCCUUAGAGAGCGUUCCAAGUUGGAGGUUGGGUGUUGCUAUGUAAUUCUAGGCUGA